AUGGAGAGCGACGAAGAGAUAAAGAAGGCGCAGACUGUGGAAGCCCGGGCCAGGAACAUCAGCCACAACGUCCGUUGCACCGAGUGCGGGAGCCAAUCCAUUGAAGACUCCCAAGCAGACGUCGCCAUUCUCCUCAGAAAGGUGCCAUGGAUUCCUGAGACCUCUCUCUUCGCUCAACCAAAAAAAAAUAAAAAUCAAGGAAAAUUUUAUGCUAAUACUCUCAUUUUGGUGGUCUGGAUCUGGUUGGAGGUUUCUGACAGAUUGAAUCACUGCUUGAUUCUCUGCAUCUUUCAGCGACCCACAUAGUGAUAUUUUCAGAAACCUCCUACCAUCUCCGUGGUGGGAAGAAUUUCUUCCUGUUGCCUGCUCUGUUUCAUGAAACGACAUGAUGGGAUAACGCAUGAGUAAACACUGCCAGCUGCAUCUUCAUCAAUAAACUUGUUCUUACAUUCUCUUGCCCAAGCUUUUUUCUCUCCAUAUAUUAUGAUGCUAGAACACCAAUAAAGGCAUAAUCGCUGUGCGAUUUAGAAAUUUUCUUCACUGAUGGCAGAUGAGGUAAAGGGUCCGCUGAUUCAGGGUUCCUAGUGUGGAGACCAAUCAUGUUCUUUGAUUUUCAUAGCUGACCACAUUAUCUGAUGCAUGGAAAUAAGUAUGAUGCCAGUGGCUAGCGGCAUCUACAGCAAUGUUACAGUUCUUGAUUUUCCGGGAAAAAAUACCUUUUUUAGGAGAAAAUAAAUGGGCACAAAUUAGUCUGCAAUUAACAUGCGUAUUUCUUCUGUAGCUGAUACGAGAUGAGAUUCGGGCUGGUAAAAGCGACAAGGAGGUAUAUGCAAAGCUCGAAGAGGACUUUGGAGAGACCGUGCUCUACGCCCCUCGCUUUGACCUACAGACCGCCGCCCUUUGGCUGUCCCCGGUUAGUCUUCUGGUCAAACCCUUCUCAAGCAUCGAUUUCCUCCUUUACCCUAGUUUCAUGAUGCCAAUUUCAGACCCCUCUUUGUCAUCCUCCUUGUUCUUGUUAUUUAGCUAGCCCUCGGACAUGGCUCCAAAAAAUUGAAAGAAUGGGCUUUUAUUCACGUGCUAUUGUAAUGGGGUUAUUCGAUUUUAAUUCUUCGUAAACCACUCAUGCAUGAGCCUCCUCGUUGACUUUGACCCUGCAAACUGAAUGGUACGUCGUCCGUAGUCUGUGGGGGCUCAUAGGAUGACAAAAAGAGAGGAUCUUUCCAUGAUUCAUACACUAGUGGAGAAGAGAAAUCAAAGAACCCUAUUCUAUAGGAAAGCUUUUGACUUUAUUAUGGACUCUUUAUCCGAGCAAUCCUAUUUUGUCAACGCAUAAAACCCACAUUAAAUCAGGAACUUUCAGCAGGCCAUCUGACAGGAAAUCUAUGCUUUGGGCAGGUGAUCGUCGCUGGGGCUGCUGUGGGGGUGUGGGCAUACCAGAGGCACAAGCGGAGGACCAACGUUCACAUCAUGGCGCUGAACCUGGUCAGAGGCGUCCCGCUAACGCCAGCCGAGAAGGAGACAAUGCUGGAGCUCCUGACCCCACCGCCACCUCCGGCCCGGUCAUGGUGGGGCCGAUUUUCCAGAUGA